UGGAUCCAACGUCAUAGAUAUUUAUUUUAUGCAGAUAGUGGUGGAAAUUGGUGGGAUUUUAUUGCAAAGAUACAAAAGCAGAAUACCGAAAUUAUAAAAGAAAUAAAAAGAAAGAAGCUUUAGUCUAUGUAUUGUAACAUAAAGAUUCUUAAUUUUAGUUUUCUUGCAUAUGGUAGAUAUUAUAAAUUUGAAAGCAUAGAAGCGCCAUUGAAGCAUAAUUAACAUCCUUCAUAUUUGAAAUUCUUGCUGCUCUUUCACCUUUCAGUAUGGCUUUUGCAGUUAUUUCCAUGAUCCUGGAGCGCUUGAGUUCUAUUGCUCUUUCUGGGCUAGAACAAGAAGCGAGAUUGGUUAUGGAUGUUGAGGGAGAAAUCCGAAAGCUCACCUACAAUCUUGAAUCCAUUCAAGCUGUGCUUGAAGAUGCAGAAAUAAGACAAAGGAAGGAGGCCAGUGUGAAAAUUUGGCUAGACAGGCUCAAAGACAUAUCGUACGACAUGGACGAUGCGUUGGACGAGUGGAGCACUGCAAUUUACAAGUCGCAAAUUGAAGGAAGUCAACAAGCUCUGGAGCCAAAGAGGAAGGUGUGUUCUUCUGUCCCCUUUGCUCGUUUUCUCCGGAAAGAAGUUGGUCCUCGUCAUGACAUUGCCUGCAAGAUAAAGGAGCUGAAUGAAAGACUGGAUGAUAUUGCCAGGGAGAAGGACAGGUACAACUUUAGCUUUAGAAAGAGCAAUGAAAAACUUGAAAGACAGAUCACUGCUUCUGUCAUUGAUGCAGAUGAAGUGAAAGGUAGGGAGAAUGAUAAAAAUGCAAUAAUAAAGAAGCUGCUGACACAGAGAAGACAAACACCAAACCCCCACAUCAUCUCCAUAGUUGGGAUGGGGGGAAUUGGUAAAACAACUCUAGCCAAAUUAGUCUACAACGAUCCCCAAGUAGCUUCCCAUUUUGAGAAGAGAAUAUGGGUGUGUGUCUCAGAUCCUUUUGAUGAAGUCAGGAUUGCCAAAGCAAUCCUUGAAUCACUCAGAGGUACUGCAACCAAUUUGGUUGAACUCCAAACUGUAUUGCAGCAAAUCCAACAAUCCAUUAAGGGAGAAAGGUUUCUUCUAGUCCUGGAUGACGUGUGGACUGAAGAUCCCAUGAAGUGGGAAAAUCUGAUGCAUUCUUUCAAGUGUGGUAAGCGAGGAAGUAGAAUUCUGAUUACCACGCGGAAGGAGAAUGUUGCAACCGUCAUAGGUUGCAGUGAUAUAUUCCCACUAGGACAAUUGUCCAUGGAGGAAUGUUGGUCAAUAUUUAGUCAAAUUGCUUUUUUUGGAAAGACCAGUUUAGAGCGUGAUCGCUUAGAAGAUAUUGGUAAGAGAAUUGUAAAAAAGUGCAAGGGUUUGCCACUUGCUGCAAAGACACUGGGCAGUCUUCUGCGCUUCAGAAAAUUUAGAGAAGAGUGGCAAAGUGUGCUAGACAGCGAAGUAUGGGAAUUAGAAGAAGCCGAAAAAGAUAUUCUAGGUGCUCUUUGGUUGAGCUACUAUGAUUUGCCUAUGCCAUUGAGACAAUGUUUCUUGUAUUGUGCUAUUUUCCCUAAGGACUACUCGAUAGAAAGGUAUAGAUUGAUUGAAUUAUGGAUGGCACAAGGAUAUCUCAAGGCAACAAAAACAAAAGACAUGGAGAUUGUUGGUGAAGAAUACUUCCAAAAUUUAGUCGUCCGCUCUUUUUUCCAAGACUUCGAGAGUCAUCAGGGCAGAAUAAUAAGGUGUAAGAUGCAUGACAUAGUGCAUGAUUUUGCCCAAUUUCUUACUCAAAAUGAGUGCUUUGACAUGGAUAUCAAUGGUGCUGAAGAGUCGACCAUAGAUCGUUCCAGUAAAGAACCACGUCAUUCGAUGAUUGUGCUUGCUGAAAAAGCCCCUUUACCUGCUUCACUUGGUUCUCUAAAAAAGCUGCGUACUCUCUUACUUAUGUCCCAUGGCUAUUCAGAGAUUAGAGCAGUCCUUCCUAAUUUAUUGAAUCAGCUGACUUGUCUAAGGUCGUUAAAGCUAAGUCUUUGUGGAAUAAGAGAAAUCCCACCUGAAAUAAGCAAAUUAAUACAUUUGAGGUUUCUUGACUUGUCUAUGAAUGGGUUGAAGGAGUUUCCUGAGACGAUAUGCGAAUUAUACAAUUUGCAAACUUUAGAUGUCCAUUGGUGUCAUCAGCUGAAGCUGCCCCCUGGGAUAGGAAACUUGAUCAAUUUGAGACAUUUGCAUCAUGACAAAACAGACAGUGUGUUGCCGAAAGGGAUUGGCAAAUUGAGUAGUCUUAGGAAAAUAAAUGAGAUCACAGUUGGCCAUAAUGAUGAGGAAGCAUUUUCUCUCAGAGAUCUAAAAGACUUGAACAACCUUCGAGGAUUCUUAUGGAUACAAGGAUUGGGAAAUAUAGCGGAUGUGGGUGAGGCUAAGCAAGCACAGUUGAAGAAGAAGAAUCACGUCAUUAAUAUGAGAGUAGAUUUCUUUAGAGAUAAAGAAGGGACAAGGGGAAUUCACGAUCAACAGUUAAUGGAAGGGUUAGAGCCAUCUUCAAGUUUGGACGAAUUAAUUAUAGUCAACUACCAAGGUACUACAAUGGCUCCCAAUUGGAUGCUGUCGUUAACUAAUCUAAGGGAGCUUUCAAUGCAUGAUUGUGGAAACUGUGAGCAUUUGCCUCCUAAUUUGGGGAAGUUGCCUGCCCUUGAAUCUCUUUUCUUUAAAGGUAUGGAAGUGAAAAAGGUGGGUGCUGAGUUUAUGGGAAUGAAAACUCAAAUUGCCAAGGAAGCAUCAUCGUCGUCCUCCUGCUCAUCGGUUGUUUUAUUCCCCAGAUUGGUAAAACUGACGUUUUAUGUAAUGCCCAAGUUGGAAGAGUGGAACGAUGGGAUGAUAAGUGGAGAUGAAGAUACAAUAAUGCCACGUCUUCAUCAUUUGAAGCUUGGUCACUGCUCAAAGUUGAGGAAAUUGCCAGACAAGCUUCUGCGAAAGACGACAUUGCAGGAAUUGAUAAUUGAUAGGUGCUCAAUUCUUUCACCACAUUACCUAAAGGGUACAGGAAAAUACUGGAGUAGCAUCUCUCACAUUCCAAACAUCAAAAUCGAUUGGAAAGUUCAGCAAGGAACAGACAUUUACUGAGCUCAUAUAAUUCAGGGGAGUGCUGGCCUGAGGCCUCACCCACCAAUUGUUGGCUUCAUGGUGCUACAGAUCAGUGAUCUAUCUAGCCGCAGAUGUCUUCUGUCCGGAGGCAAAUUGUGAAUCAAUGAUUUGUAUAGUAAGAAAGUUGCAGAAUGAGAGCCACAUGUGUUUAGAUUCCUGAUAAAGAGGUUGCUGCUAAAGAAUUAGGAGACACUAUGAAGCCAGCUCCUGGAUGUAAAGAAAUAAGGAUCACACAAGUGUAUAUCUUUGGAAAGAAAUAAGAAUUACAUGUCAAACCA